AUGAACCAGAGAUCCGUUUCUGGAAACAACCAGUUCCAGAAGGAGCUUGAUGACUUGAAGACGAAGUUGAAGAUCAUGGAGAAAAAGCGGGCGGAAGAUCGUGAGAAGUUAAAGAUGGUUGAGACGUACCGAGCGGAUCGAGACAAGUUCGAGGCUAUCAUUCAAAAACUCAGGGAAAAAUAUCAACCUCAACAACAGGAGGUUACUACACUAAGGAAGCAGUUGAAGGAGGCCGAAUAUAGAGUUGAAGAAGUUGAGAGGCUCCAGGCGGAACAUGAAUCUAUUCUCGAAAUGGCGGCCUUAGAUCGGGAGAUGGCAGAAGAGGUCGCAGAAUCCAUCAAAGCCGAAUAUGAAGCCUUGAAAUUUCGAGCCGAGGAGUUAGAACUCGAAGUAGAGGUUCUAAGGGAAGAGAACGACCAACUAGGCCAAGUCAUGAGCCCUGAAGAAAAGUCAAGUCAGGGGUGGUUACAGAUGGAGAGGACGAACGAGAGGCUGCGGGAAGCUUUAAUCCGUCUUCGAGAUAUGACGCAGCAGCAAGAGGCCGAUCUAAGAUCUCAGGUCAAAGAGCUGGAAGAAGAGCUGAAGGACUACAAUAACCUCAAGGCACAAUACGAGACCACGAAAGCAAAAUUGCUUGCCUCAGAAGCAAACAUGGAGGACCUCAAACAGCAAGUGGAAGCGCUAGGCGCGGAGGAGAUGAUUGAAGAGCUCACUGAGAAAAACAUGCAGUAUCAAGAGGAGGUAAAUGAGUUAAAGGCCGUCAUCGAAGACUUGGAGAGCUUAAAGGAACUGAACGAUGAGCUCGAAAUAAAUCAUAUGGAAUCCGAAAAACAGCUGCAGGAAGAAAUCGAUUUCCGAGAAAGUAUCUACCAUGAUCAAAACCGAAAAAUUAUUCAACAAGAUGGAGUGAUCGAGGACCUUGAAUACACGUUAUCGAAAUUCCGAGAGCUGGUCUCAACCCUACAAAACGACCUUGAAGACAUGCGAGCCUCCCAGCAAAUUACGGAGACUGAAGCAACCGAUUUAUCGAUGCGCUCAAGAGCAAUGAUCGAUUUGAACAUGAAACUUCAAGCCUCAGCAGCCAAGGCCCAAAUCAAAACAAUGGAUGUAGAGUUGGGCCGAAUGGAAGCGGAAGAAUCUGCGAGCCAUUUGUCCAUUCUAAAGCUGUACCUGCCUGACUACUACGAGAGCGAACGAAAUCCGAUCCUUGCACUCCUUAGGUUCAAGCGGGUAGGGUUCAAAGCAUCCGUUAUGAGCAAUACCGUUAGGGAACGACUGUCGGACCCAUCAAUCCGCUUUCCUGAACGAGACGGCUUCUUAGCCUAUGAUGUUCUUGAGAAGCUUACUUGGAUAUCCUUACUCUGCGAUAGAUUUGUCACCUUUAUGGACGGCUGUUCAAGCGAGGAAUUCUCUUCUUUUGAUGGCGCACUAUAUGAGCUUGAACCUGUCGAGCGCAUUUUGAACUUUUGGAUCGAAAGCUUGAAAAAGGGGGAACUGAAUGAGAAGACUUGCGCAGAUGAACUUCAACGAUCAACAGCUCUACUAUCGCAUCUUGCAGAAACACUGAUACCACAACAUGUUGAAGGCCGUGGGAACGAGAUCUAUACCCUAUCCGUCUUAACGCAAACGUACCUCGAAAACAUCGCGUCCUCUCUUUCCCAAUUGAAAUCUAGAAUUCAGUCCAAAAUACCCCCGUCGCCAGAAGACGAGGAAAGCCAGCAUCUUUACAAAAAAAUAGACGCUCUCGUUCAGCAGGCGAGGGGAGUAAAAGUUGCGACUGGCAAGGUCACUCGCUCUCUAGAGGAACUGAGAACCAGGUCCCUGGCCCUUUCGGAAGGAUGCGGCGAGGCCUUUGAGUCUACAGAACAGGCCGCAAAAGAGUUAUCAGCGUUGACUCAGCUCCUUGGAAAUAGUUUCUUGCAGCUUAUCGACGAGGAUGACCGCACUGAGCCAUUUACAUAUCCAGAAGUCUUGACCAACAUGUCCAAUGCAGUAGCUUCUUCCCAAGUAUCCUCCGGAGACAUUGGAACAAGCGACGCCCUUGCAGUCAUUGCGAAUAAACUUCGUCUUUUGACAGGCUAUGUUGAUGAAACGUCUAAUCUUUCCUCCGAUUUAUCCCAGACGGUCGAGUUUGAGAGACGACAAUCUCCCUGGGUUGCCCGCUCAAAGGCGCUCAAGGCGAGUCAAGCGAAGUCCCCAGAUGCUGACGAAGAGAUCCGACGCCUCAAAAAUGAAGUCAACGAGGCCUCUAAUGCACUUGGAGCUAAGGAUAGAAUCUUCGAAGAGCAGUCUAUUAAGAUCGAACUCUUAGAAGCCCGGAUGCGCGAGGCCGGCAAGAAGGCGGCAGCUGUUAAAGAUUUAGAAGCCGAAAUCGAGAGUCUACAAUCAAAAGAAAACGAGUUCAUUGCGCUCGUAGAACGACAAUCUCAGACCAUGCAAGCUAUAGAGCGAGAGCGGGAUGAAUACAGAAGCCGUCUUGAAAAACUCAAACGAGCAUCUGAUUCAGAUGGAAGUACGGGAAUAGGCGGAGCGUUGGCAGGCAACGCCGCAGCCUCUCUGUCGAUCAUGAGAGAAAAUGAAGCCCUACGAGCUGAAGUUACCAGCCUUCAAUCCGCCGUACGCUAUCUCCGAGACGAUAACAAGCGCGCUCAUCUUCUCGACCCAUACUCCGUGCAAAGAAGCAAUCAUAUGCGUGCCUGGCUCGACGUUCCUCUGGUUCGCCCGAAGGCUCCGGUCAAUGAACAUGAGCCAGACUAUAGGCAUAAGCAGGCUGCCGAAUGCCGUGACGUCCUUAGUCAUUUGUUGAGGUUGACCAAAGAAUCGAAAUUUGUAGAUCUCAAGGCAAGUGGCACUUCAGAUGCUACAAACCGUCUUGCGUGGCGCCCUGUCAAAUCGACUCCUCGAUACCAUGUACUGAAGCAACGUGAACAGUAUGAGCAAUGGAGCCAAUGGAAAGACGAGGUCUUUAAAGACCGGAAGGUGAAGAGGGUUUCAAAUCGCAACAUAUCAGCAAGGGGUCGGAUGGCUAGCCAACUAGAUAUCCUGGCAGAUCUAUCAGAGGAGUCUACCUUCACAGACUCUUCACAGAAGGGACUCCAACCGGGUAAAGACGAGGGCGUUAUGGGAAGGACAUGGAAAAUCCUGGGUCUACAAACUGACGGCGACGAUAUUCCUCGCGUAUCUAACGAGCCUCAAAUUCUUGACGAGUACUAG